AUGAAAUGUAAAAAUGUGUACAUCUCUGUUCUUGGUGAUUCAGGUACUGGGAAAACAUCUUUGAUUGAAAAGUACAUACACAAUACAUUCUCGAAUAACACAGAGACAGAGAAAGAUAAUGUCUACCUUACACAUACAUUUUAUAAAAAGGUUAAAAUUCCUUUUGUUAUCCAAGAAUUAUCUGGGGAUCAUUUAAAUGAUAGAAUAAUGUUCAAAUCAAUUAGUAUUUCUUUGGGAUACAUUAUUAUUUAUUCUGUAACAUCAAGAACUUCAUUUGAAAACAUUGAAGGAUUUACACGCCUUAUUUGGAGACUCACCAAUAUACGUUCAAGCGAUGGGUACAUCCCAGUCACCAUAAUUGGUACUAAAUCGGAUAUAUAUGAAGAAAGAGUCGUCUCAACCUCUGAAGGAAAAGACUACGCCACAAAACACAACUUUGCUUUUUAUGAAAUAUCUUUAAAAAAUGAUGAAAAUGUUGAUCCUAUCUUCAAGUCAUUAUUUGAAAACAUUUUCACGAAAUCAAUUGUUAACUGUGAAGAGUUUAUUUUAAAUACCAAAAAUAAACAACAACAAAAAGUUAAUCACAAAAAGAUGCCUAAAAAGAUCGAAAAUAAUACAAACAAGUGUUGUGCACAAAGUUUAUUUUUAAAUUGUAUGGUUUAUAAUAGUUAUUUAUUUGUAUUUAAUAUAUUAUUUUUAUACGAGCUUUCAUAG